AUCUUGUGCUUUUUCUCACACCCUUUUGUGCUUAGCAAUAAAUUCUCUUUCUCCUUUGUCUGUUCUCACUCAGUGCCUGGCAAAGCCUAUUUCUUUAGCUGUGUCGGAUCGAUUGCUUAUAAAGAAGAAAUGGAAAAGUGCAAGAGAUUGGAAGGGAAAGUGGCUAUUGUGACAGCUUCCACUCAGGGAAUUGGAUUUGGCAUAGCUGAAAGGCUUGGCUUGGAGGGUGCAUCUGUUGUCAUUUCGUCUCGCAAACAGCAAAAUGUUGAUGUGGCUGCGGAAAAACUCAGGGCCAAAGGAAUUGAAGUGUUGGCGGUCGUUUGUCAUGUUUCAAAUGCUCAACAGAGGAAGAAUUUGAUAGACAAAACAGUUCAGAAGUAUGGAAAGAUAGAUGUUGUUGUGUCCAAUGCGGCUGCAAAUCCUUCGACUGAAGCAAUUUUGCAAACACAAGAGACAGUUCUUGACAAGCUAUGGGAGAUAAAUGUCAAAGCUUCUAUACUUCUUUUGAAGGAUGCAGCUCCUCAUUUGCAGAAAGACUCUUCUGUCAUUAUCAUUUCGUCAAUUACUGGUUAUAAUCCACAAGCUCCUUUGGCUAUGUAUGCAGUGACCAAAACAGCCCUUUUUGGACUCACCAAAGCCCUAGCUGCUGAGAUGGCUCCAAACACUCGUGUAAACUGUGUUGCUCCUGGUUUUGUACCAACUAAUUUUGCUGCAUUCCUUACCACUGAUGAUGCUCUAAGACAGGAGAUAGAAGGGAAAACCUUACUUGGAAGGCUUGGUACAACUGAAGACAUGGCUGCUGCAGCAGCAUUUUUGGCAUCUGAUGAUGCUUCUUAUAUAACUGGAGAAACUAUAGUGGUUUCUGGGGGAGUACCCUCAAGGCUUUAGCUUCCAUUUUCACAAGUUCACGUGGCAAAU